CUCCAUUUGGCAUAGUCUGCACCUUUGGAGCAAUACCGAAUAAUACAACGCAUUAAUUUUAAUAUACGCACUCGUCCAAAGUGCUAAUCCCCACCGAGACGUGAAAAUAAAAUUCGGAAAAAGUGAUUAAUCUGUCACAAAAAUUCCCAGUGAUUCAAAAACGCCGGAGAGUCAUCCCCAAGUCACAACUACGAUGAUAACCACACACACGGAUAUUUGUUAAAUGUGUUAAAUUUGUUUUGAUGGAUGUGUGAAGUCGUGAGGGAGUCGUCCAGUUUAGUCGCUGAAGUGUUUGGGAGACGCAUUGAGGUGUAUUGAAGUGGAGACGCAACGAUGAGCGUCGUGGCGUCUGGUAGUCAACAAGUCGUGAAGGAAGGAUGGCUGCAGAAGAGAGGGGAACACAUUAAGAACUGGAGAUCGAGGUAUUUUGUGCUGAGGGACGAUGGCACUCUUGUGGGAUUCAAAUCUAAACCAGAUCAACAAAUGGCAGCUACAGCACAACCCCUUAAUAAUUUUACUGUCCGGGGGUGUCAGAUAAUGUCUGUCGAUCGGCCAAAACCGUUUACUUUUGUUAUCCGGGGUUUGCAGUGGACUACAGUGAUCGAGAGGACUUUUCACGUGGAGACUGAGAAGGAGAGAGAGGACUGGGUAGCUGCCAUCAGAUAUGUAGCUGACAGAUUAGCUACCGAAGAGCAACAUCUUCAGCAGCCCUCGAUGCAGAUAUCAUCCUCAUCGGAAGAUGUGGAAAUGGAAACGACUGGGAGAUCAGACUCAGGCAGUUCUCUUGGUAUUAUUUCACCUGAUGGCGAUGGGAGUAUUGACGAGCUGUCAGCGAAAUUCAGUGUCCAAGGUACAUCGAGUAGUAAAUCCAGUGGAAAGAAAAAAGUCACUCUAGAGAAUUUUGAAUUUUUGAAAGUCCUGGGUAAAGGCACUUUUGGAAAAGUCAUUUUAUGCCGUGAAAAAGCUACAGGUCAUUUGUACGCCAUCAAAAUACUGAGGAAGGAGGUGAUCAUCAGGAAAGACGAGGUUGCCCACACAUUGACGGAAAAUCGAGUGCUACGUACAACCAGUCAUCCUUUUUUAAUAUCUCUCAAAUAUAGUUUUCAAACGGCAGAUCGAUUGUGUUUUGUCAUGGAAUAUGUCAACGGUGGAGAGUUGUUUUUCCAUUUGAGUCGAUCACGAGUAUUCGGUGAGGACAGAACGAGAUUCUAUGGGGCUGAAAUUAUAUCGGCUCUUGGGUAUCUUCACUCCCAGGGAAUUAUUUAUCGUGAUCUCAAGCUGGAGAAUUUGCUCCUCGAUAAAGAUGGGCACAUUAAAAUUGCUGACUUUGGACUGUGCAAGGAGGACAUCACCUAUGGAAGAACAACGAAAACAUUCUGUGGGACACCGGAGUAUCUCGCACCGGAAGUGCUCGAGGAUAACGAUUAUGGACGAGCUGUUGACUGGUGGGGUGUCGGUGUUGUUAUGUACGAGAUGAUGUGCGGACGUCUUCCAUUUUACAAUCGUGAUCACGAAAAAUUAUUCACACUUAUUCUCCUGGAGGAGGUGAAAUUCCCAAGGACUAUCUCACAUGAGGCGAAGGAUCUGCUGGGUGGACUAUUGAUCAAGGAUCCAAGCAGGAGAUUAGGUGGUGGACCGAACGACGCCAAGGACAUAAUGUGUCAUGCAUUUUUCUCCUCAAUCGACUGGUCAGAUCUAGUCCAGAAGAAGAUAGCUCCACCCUUCAAGCCUCAAGUCACCUCUGAAACUGAUACUCGAUAUUUCGACAGUGAAUUUACAGGUGAAAGUGUUGAACUUACUCCCCCCGAUCAAGGAUGCUUAGGUAGUGCUGGUGGUUUGAAUUCGAUUGCCGAAGAGCAAGAACAUUUCCCCCAAUUUUCUUAUCAAGAGAGUCAUUCGGCUGCUACAUCUUCCAUUUCAGUGUCGAUUAUACACUGACAUUGUCAGGAUUGUUUCAGGAUCAGAGAGAAUGAGAUAACGAACUCACGAGUGUCGCUAUCGUUUGCAUGUUUUAUGGUUAUUUAAAAUCUAUUCGGUUAUCGAGGUGAUUAUGUUGUUGUAUGUCCGUAAUUAUUGUAUCUUGGUUGGGAUGAAUCAAUUCGAAAUUUAAGCGAAUUAUAAUUGUAAAAUAAUGAAUUUUGCGAGGGGCUGGAUCGACAGCCACUCUCGUGCAUUUUUUGUUUUCCUAUUUUGUGGUAUCAAUUAUCCAUGUGUCGAGUGAAAUUCGAGAGGAUGGGCUGGAUUAUAACCAUAGAAAAUUGA